GUAGUCGUCGUUCUCCUUUACUAUUGGUCUGUAGGCUGCCUUGCACAGUAAACUCCCAUCCAGCUGGCGGCCCUGUUGUGUUUCUGGGUUCGUCACCAACUAGAACAAAGAACGUCCUAAGAUUCCUUGACUAGAACACGGAAGUAGGAUUGGUAACGAGUUUUUUUUUGCUGUUCCUUGUGUGGAGUAAAGAAAGAAAUACUUACUAAACUAAAUAGUCUACCCAUCUCUAAUUUGACAGAAAAUGUCUAAACUACAGAUGUUGUGUGUGUUUUUAAAUGAUCGUUUAUCGGCGGCUGCUGUGGAUAUUUUUGGUGCAGUUGAGAAAACGGUAGUGGAGUACCAGGAGGAGAAUGAUCGGCUACGGAGACUGCUGCGGAGGACACCAGAGAUACAACUAUGUAGAAUAGAACCCGUGCAGCUCUCGGUCUCUGAAGAGGAGGUUCCCCCUGAGCAGCAGCACUGUGAGCAGGAGUGGAGCCCCAGUCUGGGGCAGAAGGACCCAGAAACCAAACAGAUUAAAGAGGAACAGGAGGAAGUCAGGACCAGUCAGGAGGAAGAGCAGCUUCAAGGGGUGGAGCCUGAUAUCAUAGAGUUCAUAUUUACUCCUCCUUGUGUGAAAAGUGAAUGUGAUCAGGAGGACCCACGUCAAGAUCCCAUACUUGCUGAACACCCAACUCUCAGUCCACUGAAAAUGUCUAAACUACAGUCGUUUCAAGAGUUUUUAAAUGAGCGUUUAACGGCGUUUGCUGCUGUGGAGAUUUCCGGGGAAUUUGCGAAAGCAGUAGCAGAGUACCAGGAGGAGAAUGAUCGGCUACGGAGACUGCUGCGGAUCACACCAGAGAUACAACUAUGUAGAAUAGACUCCCUGCAGCUCUCUGUCUCUGAAGAGGAGGUUUCCCCUGAGCAGCAGCACUGUGAGCAGGAGUGGAGCCCCAGUCUGGGGCAGGAGGACCCAGAGCCCACACAGAUUAAAGAGGAACUCGGGACCAAUCAGGAGGAAGAGCAGCUUCAAGGGCUCUUUGAUACCAAAGACUCCAUAUUCACUCCUUCCUGUGUGAAAAGUGAAUGUGAUCAGGAGGACCCACUUCAGUCCUUGACUCUUCCCCAAACCCAGACUGUGGAGAACAGAGAGAGUCAUUCUAAACCAGUGGAUCCCAAGCCUUUGUCCAAGCACAUGAGGAUUCACACAGGAGAGAAACCAUUUAUCUGUGGUGACUGUGGGAAGAGCUUUAUUCGCAAGGCGCACCUAACCAGGCAUAAACUGACUCACACAGGAGAGAAACCAUUCUCCUGUGGUGACUGUGGGAAAAGCUUCCGUCUCAAAGGGAACCUAACCACUCAUAAACUGACUCACACCAGAGAGAAAUCAUUUAGCUGUGGUGACUGUGGGAAAAGCUUCCGUCUCAAAGGGAACCUAACCACUCAUAAACUGACUCACACAGGAGAGAAACCAUUUAGCUGCGUUGACUGUGGGAAAAGCUUCAAUCGUAAGGUGAGCCUAACUGAACAUAAACUGACUCACACAGGAGAGAAACCAUUUAGCUGUGGUGACUGUGGGAAAAGCUUCAUUCGGAAGGUGCAUCUAACUGAACAUCAACUGACUCACACAGGAGAGAAACCAUUCACCUGUGAUGACUGUGGGAAAAGAUUUAUUCAGAAGAGGGACCUGAGGAGACAUAUACUGAUUCACACAGGAGAGAAACCAUUCACCUGUGGUGACUGCGGAAAAAGCUUCAAUCGAAAGGGGCACCUAACCAUGCAUAAACUGACUCACACAGGAGAGAAACCGUUCACCUGUGGUGACUGUGGGAAAAGCUUUAAUCGAAAGGGGCACCUAACCAUGCAUAAACUGACUCACACAGGAGAGAAACCAUUCACCUGUGGUGACUGUGGGAAGAGCUUUAUUCAGAGGAGGGACCUAAGGAGGCAUAUACUGAUUCACACAGGAGAGAAACUAUUUAGCUGUGUUGACUGAAGGAAAAACUUCAAUCAGAAACAACAAGGCUGCUUAGUCUGAUAAUAUAUUAAUUCAGAAGACUAAUCUGCUAACACGUGAAAAACAUCCACAAAGACUGUAAAUGAGGACACAGAGAGGAGACUAAGAGUAUUGAGAUACACCCAAGAUCCCCUGUGGACCAACUCUAACUGGUCCUCCUGAUCCUGCUCAGUCCAAUGUCACAGUAAUUCUAUAAUGGGACUUUUGUCUGAACCUAACAGGUAAUGUUGCUACUCUUUGUGUAUGAAAUGGACAAUCUGCAGUUCAGACAACCACCAGUUUUUAGGUGAACAACUGAGGGAUGAUGUUGGAGAGGUGUGAACACUCAAUGUCGUAGACAGAUCUGUAGAUAUGUCCAGAUCUGAUGCAGGUUUCCCAAUAGGCCCGUUGGGGGAUCUAUUUGGCUCGCAAGUUUUCUGAGGAAAACAAGAUAAUAUAUAGAAUUUUAUUUUUUUGGUUCGUUGGAUAUUUAUUUUAUUAAGUGCCAGUAGGAGGCACUCUUUCCUCUGGUCUAAAAACAUAUCCCAAUGCCCCAGGG